GUCAGGGGUGUAAGGGACAGACAGAUCGCCAUUUGUGCUGGGUGUGAGUGGAGCUUACGUGCAAUUACAGGAUUUAUUUGCUAUUUGAAGUGAUAAAAAGGUGCUUAAUGUGUACCCAAUGAUGAAGGAGAGUAUAUAUUGUGUGUAGAGAUGCAAGUUAUGUGUAAAAGCAUCUAAAUCUAAGAGCAUUUUUUUAAGUUUUUGUCUAGAUCAAAAUGGCUCAAUCUGUGAACUGUAGCUUGGAUGACAUCGACCUCAAUGCAUUAAAGGAUCCAGCUGGAAUCUUCGACUUGAUUGAGGUCGUUGGCAAUGGAACCUACGGCCAGGUGUACAAGGGACGACACACCAAGACGGGUCAGCUGGCCGCCAUCAAGGUUAUGGACGUCACAGAGGACGAAGAGGAAGAAAUCAAACUGGAGAUAAACGUCCUUAAAAAGUUCUCUCACCACCGCAACAUCGCUACAUACUAUGGUGCCUUCAUCAAGAAAUCCCCUCCUGGGAAAGAUGAUCAGCUGUGGCUGGUGAUGGAAUAUUGUGGGGCAGGUUCUGUCACCGACCUCGUCAAAUCCACCAAGGGCCAGAGUUUAAAAGAAGAAUGGAUUGCAUACAUUUCCCGGGAGAUCCUUCGUGGUCUGUCUCAUCUACAUGCAAGUAAAGUCAUCCAUAGGGACAUAAAAGGCCAAAAUGUACUCCUCACAGAUAAUGCAGAAGUUAAAUUAGUUGAUUUUGGUGUUAGUGCCCAAUUGGACAGGACUAUAGGAAGACGGAAUACAUUUAUUGGUACUCCAUAUUGGAUGGCCCCUGAAGUUAUUGCCUGUGAUGAAAACCCUGAAGCUACGUAUGACAACCGUAGUGACCUGUGGAGUUUAGGUAUUACAGCUUUAGAAAUGGCAGAAUCCCAACCUCCACUGUGUGAUAUGCACCCCAUGCGUGCUCUGUUCCUAAUCCCUCGUAACCCUCCCCCACGUUUCAAGAAUGGUAAAAAGUGGAGUAAGAAGUUCCACUCCUUCAUUGACAGCGUCCUGGUCAAAGAUUAUCAUCAGAGAACGUAUACAGACCAACUCUUGAAACAUCCAUUUAUUCGGGACCAGCCUACAGAACGACAAGUACGAAUUCAACUAAAGGAUCACAUAGACAGAUGCAAGAAGCACAAGCAAAAAGCAGACAGACAAGAGACCUUCAGCUACAGUGGCUCAGACAAUGAGGAAGAAGAGACAACACAAGCUGGUGAACCCUCUUCCAUCAUUCAGGCUCCUGCGGGUGAUACUCUUAGACGGAAUUUCAUGCAAAUCCAGGAACACCAGCGAAACGGCGGAAAGAAGGAUAAGGAAGAAAUCCCUGAACCCGGUCCUCCGGCAAGACCGGCUCUUCCAUCUCGAUUGCUCGGCCAAGAGCAACCUCCUCCUCAACGCCCUCUUCCUCCUCCACCACAAGCACGAGAACACCACCAGCCAGCAGCACACAAACCAGCCACACCUCCACAGCACCAUCCUAGGGACCAUCGUGAACAUCGUGACCACCGGGAACACAGGGAGCAUAGAGACCAGAGGGAGCAGCGUAACCCUCACAUGGUAAAGCCGCCACAGCCAACCCAAGCACAAGCCAGAAAACCUGAGCCUCACCCUCGGAGGUUGGAGGACUUGGACAUGCUUGCUCAACACCUCAAUGAGCUUGGGGCAGUCGCUAAUGACAACAGAGAUCGAGACAGAGAAAGAGAAAGAGAAAGAGAACGAGAACGAGAAAGAGAACGAGAAAGAGAAAGAAACGAAAGAGAGCGUGCAGAGAGAAAUGAUCGGGAGAGAGCAGACCGAGACCGAGCCGAGAGAGACAGGGAGCGUGAGAGAGCAGAGAGAGACCGUGAGAGGGAGCGCGAACGAGAGAGAGAGCGCGAGCGGGAACGGGAACGAGAACGAGAGAGGGAACGGGAACGCGAACGAGAGAGGGAACGGGAGCGACGAGAACAAGAAAAGAGUCGUCAGAACGGUGGAGGCAGCAAGCACGAGUCGCCAGCUCCGCCAGCACUCAUAGAAGAAGAUUCCAGUGACGAGGAUGACGAAGGCCGUAUGAGAAAUGACGGGACCCUUCUUGCAUCUGACCCACCAAAGCCACUGUUCGACUAUUCCACUUUCAGGCCUGCAGAGGGCGCCCUUCCACACACCGCACUACAAGAAAAUUUGGAAAAUGAUGAAAUGGUGUUUGGUUUCGUAGGACCACCUCCCAACCGGCCUCUUCCUCCAACCCCCGAUGACGAUGAGUCUGGUGACCGCACACUCAUCAUGCGCAGACAUCAGGCUGAUGUAGAUGAACAAGUGCAGCCAGCACAAGUGGAGAACAUAGAUAACAAUGUCAACAGUAACCAUGAUUAUCAACAGACACAGACCAAUGUAGAAAAUCGUGCUGGACGGAGUACUGGUUUAAAAAAUGUGGAUAAAAAAGAAGACAAGAGUCCGUCCCGAAGUGAUGUAAAUCAUGAACAGCGCAGAGCAGGUAGAGACAUUGCCAAUGGCCAUGACAGUAGGUCAGUUCAAGAUCCCAAACCAGCACAGCGAAACUCUCAUCAGCUUAUACAUCAGUCUAGUGAUGGUGAUUUAAGUCAACGAGCUCACAGAAGAAAUGAAUCCGAUUCAAGAUUGGGACUGUUGCGGAGACAGCACACGGACGUGGCGCUCGCCCGUAGAUCUGACGUUUACCGCAGCAGCAAAGUGGAGCUAUCCUUUCCCACUCCACGUUCAGAGAUGACGGCCAGUGUGGCCGGUGAGCCCGUUCUUACAGAUUUUAUGGCAAUGAUAGGAGACGAACACCAGCGAGCACUGGGUGAUAGUGGGCGUAGUGAAUUACGUCGUCAGGUGUCUCUGGAUGGAGACCUGCACGCAGUCGGCUCUACUGGAGGUGCCAGUCGAGAGCCGGCCAGGCACGAGUGGAACCAAAGACGGGAAAAGACAGAUGUGGAUCUACGACGGGCCGAGCUGCGUAAUGAGUUGGAGCAGUGGCGCGUGGCUCCCCAGGUGGGACGUGGCCGUGACAGCGUGACCAGUCAGCAGCAAGGGCCAGUCCACCAGCAACAGGACCGUUCUCGUGGUGCAGAGCCCUCAUCAGGGAUGAGCACCCCCGGUUCACGCACUUCUUCUGUUCUUCCUGAUCUCCUACCACAGGCAUCCAACAGUCCCAAUGGAUCCCGCCACGACAAAUCAACCAGUGAAGAGUACCGACAAGCAGUUGGUAAGGGUACCCCUCCUCAUCUUCAGAAUAAACAGCGGUCGUUUAUGGCAUUCGGCUUUGGCGCUGGUGGAACGGAACCGCCGCGGCGAGAAUCACACAUCAGCAUCAAUGUUGCACCGACAUCUCACGAAGUCAACGAUACACCAGAAAUUAGGAAGUACAAGAAAAGGUUCAACUCAGAAAUUCUCUGUGCCUCAUUAUGGGGGGUUAAUCUUUUGAUUGGGACGGAGACUGGACUGAUGCUCUUGGAUCGGUCGGGCGUGGGGAAGGUGUACCAGCUGAUCUCUCGGCGACGAUUUCAACAAAUGGAAGUGCUCUCUGACCAAAAUAUAUUGGUGACCAUAUCUGGCAAGAAGAAUCGUGUUCGGGUUUAUUAUCUCUCUUGGCUCAAGUCCAAAAUCCUUCGAACAGAUGCUAUCAAUUCUUUGCAGCAACAAGUUGAACGGCGGAAUGGUUGGAUUAACGUUGGAGACCUUCAUGGGGCGGUCCACUUCAAGAUCGUGAAGUAUGAGCGAAUUAAGUUCCUGGUCAUUGCCUUGCGUGACUCAAUUGAGAUCUAUGCCUGGGCACCCAAACCAUACCACAAGUUUAUGGCAUUUAAGAGUUUUGGAGAGUUAGUACAGAAGCCGUGUUUGGUCGACCUGACAGUAGAGGAAGGGUCACGCCUUAAGGUGGUGUAUGGCUCCAACCAGGGAUUCCACGCAGUAGAUGUCGACUCGGGACAGGUCUAUGAUAUUUACCUUCCGAAACAUAUCCAAGGCAACAUCACCCCACACACAAUAGUGACGUUGCCUAAUAGCAAUGGUCUUCAGCUGCUUAUCUGCUAUGACAAUGAGGGUGUUUAUGUCAACACAUAUGGAAAGGUAACCAAGAAUAUGAUGUUGCAGUGGGGAGAAAUGCCAACAUCUGUAGCAUUCAUAGGCACAGGGCAGAUAAUGGGUUGGGGCAACAAGGCUAUUGAGAUACGUUCAGUGGAAACGGGCCACUUGGAUGGAGUAUUCAUGCACAAAAAAGCACAGAAACUUAAGUUUCUCUGUGAGCGAAAUGACAAGGUAUUCUUUUCAUCGGCUAAAGGCGGAUCUUCGUGCCAAAUCUACUUUAUGACGCUCAAUAAACCUGGCAUGGCAAACUGGUAGAGCAAAUGACCAGUAUGUCAAUGUCAAUUAAUAUCUGGUAUCUCAUCACCAAAGGAAAGUCUUCCUUGGCUACUCAGUAGUUGAACAUCUAAGGAACAACUGCCACGGUAAACUGUUACAGGAGUACUAAGAAAAAGAGUUCUUGUCUGAUCAGCAUCACCAAGUUGUUUGUACUAAGGUUAAACAAUUUAGAAGAAUGGACACCUUGCCAACUGAUUGUCACUAGUAAGUGACUGGUAUGGGAGAGGCUGCCCUGGACUUGUAGUUAAAGGCUGUGUACAGAGACUAAAUGCUUAGCCACCACAGCCAUUCAGAACCACUCUUUCUGUUAUUGUUCAGUUAUUAGGGUGGUGAAGCUUCCUGUGCUUUACUGUUGGGCCAAAGUGUGUUGUGGUAUCAAGGAACUUUUCACUUGAUUUGACAAUUUCAAUUCAAUAAUGUGAAAUUUUUUUAAUAGUGACGAUUGGAAAUCAUAAGGGUAUGUUAACUAUUGAUUGAUUUGAACAAAGUUUAGGAGAAAUUGUUGAAACUUUAUAGCAAGGUCUUGCAACUCAGUAUACUUGCUCAAUUCAGAUCUAUAAUUAUUCUUUAUUUGUUUACAAGGAAUUUGAAAUUAGGAUUGGAAAUAAAUAAGGUUUUAAUGAGGAACAAAACUUUGUCAACAGUGCACCACAAAAUUACUAUCCAAAUUUGUUGGGCUGUUAAACUGCAAAUUGAAUCUGAACUAAGGAAAUACAUGCAAGAUAUACUGAUACUAAUAUACAUAUGAUUUGUUAGUGUAGUAACCAAGAUCAUCAGAUGUCUCCCUGCAGUAUGAAAGUGUGUAGGAAAAUAUUGUCGGGCCUGGGCUUGAUGGAGCUGCUUUUGAGAAUGAGGAUGGAGCAUCAUAGCUGGUUAGAGCACACUGGGUGAUUGUCAGAUUCAUUUAUACACCAUUUGGUUAUAUCUCUUCUGCUUCUACUUUUUUUUAUCCCCGAGCUUUUCUUUGUGUUCUGUUGACCAUUUAUAUAAGUGUUAAUUUUCAUUUGCUUAUUUGUAUAAGACAGUCUCCUCAACAUCUUAGCCUAUUGGGCCAAUAUCUCAAAGUGCAGGUCCAAAAUAACAUCUUAACUGCCCAGCAAAUAUUCCUACAACCUACCCAGUGUAAACUCUUUUUGAUCUUUAUUAUUUUUUUUUAUAGGUUUUCUAAAGUGUACCUUUUUCUAUGUCUUACAUUCUUAUAUGGGCCAGUGCCUUUUGGAUGUGCAGACGCUGAAAGGUUUGCCAUUUCAGAAUACCCAAAAGGAUAUUUAAAAGUUACUGUAUGUGCAGUUUGUGUACCCGUUGAGAAUCUUACAUACUUAUGUUAGGGACUGAUGGUAUUAUCACGUCAUUCAUUUGUCAUUCCAUUUUUAAUAUACAUGAUGCAAAUGUACAUCAAGGAACUGCAUUCCUGUUAUAGGUUGUACAGUGUAAAUGAGCUUUUAAAUGAAGCCAAAGUGUGAAGGUUUUUUGCUAGCAAAGAAGCUAUUCUUCCUUAUCCUGUAACCAAUAGGUAAAGUGAAAUAUGCAAUAUAGGUGUAAAAAUCUAUUCUUAUGGUGCUCUUUCAACAUCCAAAGCAGUAGUGUGUAUUAACAGAAUGAGAACUUGUUGGGUCAUGGGGCAGCAGAGGAAGGUUUGCUUCUGUGAAUGGCUCCUUUAAUAUUUGCUAUUCAGUGACCACAAAUAUUAUUCCAUUCAUCAGGUAUUCAAAGUGUCAUACAGUACUGUACUAAGUCUAUUGACAUCACAAGAUUGAAGAAAUAAUUCAAGUGAUCCCGACCAUACAGUGUAGCAUGUCCCUCCUAAUUCCAAUUCUACAUUUCAAGUGCUGCGGUACAUCUGGCAUAUGUUUUGCUUAUUUGCAAUUGUGUCUUGAGUGAUUACUUUUAGCUUCAGAAUCAAAAAUGCCAUGUGAAAAAACUUUCAAAAUAUUUUAGACAUUGCAUUUGGUAACACCUUUUGAAGCGUUGGAAAUAUAGGUGAACUAAGCAGACACAAAAAAUGAACAGAAAUGAAUAUUGUAAAGCUAGUGUAUGUUUUAAAGAAUGUGAAUCUUUUUGCAGAAUUCUGUAUUAAAUACUUACGAAAGUUGAGAAUUAAAGAUUGAAACUAGUAUAAUAUAUUAAUAGACUACAAAAAAUGUUCUGGUGCAUGGAUGAAAAGAAAUCUAAUGCAUCAAAUCCCAUUCAGGAUGCUAGCUUGGCUCCUUGUAGAAGAGCAUAACUUGGUUAAGAACCCAAUCUCCACAAUGAAGCAGGUCAUUUUUAUCCUUUUAAUGGUGAACACAAGGUCAUUGGAAGAAUCCACUUGUAAGAUAUUUUUAGUGCAAACCAAUGAAUGCUGCUGCCCUCUCCUCUCUCGUAUGCUCUUUAUAUCAUUAGCUAAACAGUCAUUUUAUACUUUAGAAAUAUCAAAGCCUUUGUAUUAUGAGUGUUAAUGGUAAGUUCUUUUCUAACUUAUGCAUCUAAUAGUGAGGCACACCAUGUGCAUUUACUGGGACUCUUGUGAAUAUAUUGAACCUUUCCUAUUUAAUUUGUUUAUUUUACAAUACUCCCAUGGUAAUUUUGAAAACCUGUACAGUAUAUACUUUUCAUUAUUUGUACAAGAUUAUACAGAUCAAAAGGCAUUCAUUAAUUUUAACUGAGCUGACAGCCAUCAUUUACAAUAUGCACAUGAAUUUAAAAUAAAGAAUACAUCAGAA